GCUUACAAAAACGCACAGGUCUUCUCACACGGCCUAGACUUUGCUAUAAAGACCUGGUCUGUGUGUGCCGAGUCAUUUCAGUCACUGCUCGCAGUCUGUAAACAUGUCUGGAAGAGGUAAAGGAGGAAAGGGACUCGGAAAGGGAGGUGCCAAGAGGCACAGGAAGGUGUUGCGUGAUAACAUCCAGGGUAUCACCAAGCCCGCAAUCCGUCGUCUGGCUCGACGAGGUGGUGUCAAACGUAUCUCUGGACUCAUCUACGAAGAGACCCGUGGUGUCCUUAAGGUUUUCCUUGAGAACGUCAUCAGGGACGCUGUCACAUACACCGAGCACGCCAAGAGGAAGACUGUCACAGCUAUGGAUGUUGUGUACGCUCUGAAGAGGCAAGGACGUACUCUGUACGGAUUUGGCGGUUACUUUGGUUCCCUCACUGACAGCGUGCUUGGCCAAUUCACCGGGCAGAAGGAGACGGACAGCGGUCUGGAUCUCCCGACUGGUGAUGGUGGACCUCUUGUUGUAGUGAGCGAGACGGGAAGCCUCAGCGGCGAUUCUCUCAAAGAUGUCGUUGACAAAGCUGUUCAUGAUGGACAUGGCCUUGCUGGACACACCGGUGUCGGGGUGCACCUGUUUCAACACUUUGUAGAUGUAGAUGCUGUAGGAUUCCCUCCUCUUCCUCCUCCUUUUCUUGUCAGUCCCACGAUGUCUGGACGUGGUAAGGGAGGAAAAGUAAAGGGAAAGGCAAAGAGCCGAUCAUCCCGUGCCGGACUUCAGUUCCCAGUCGGACGUAUCCACCGUCUGCUCCGCAAGGGAAACUAUGCCGAGCGAGUUGGAGCCGGAGCACCAGUGUACUUGGCUGCUGUCCUCGAGUACUUAGCUGCUGAAGUUUUGGAAUUGGCAGGAAACGCCGCCAGAGAUAACAAGAAGACCAGGAUCAUCCCCCGUCAUCUCCAGUUGGCCAUCAGGAACGACGAGGAGUUGAACAAACUGCUGUCCGGUGUCACCAUCGCACAGGGUGGUGUUCUGCCCAACAUCCAGGCUGUUCUUCUCCCCAAGAAGACCCAGAAACCCGCCAAAUCAGAAAUGGCUCGUACAAAGCAGACCGCCCGUAAAUCCACUGGAGGCAAGGCCCCACGUAAACAGUUGGCUACCAAGGCCGCCCGUAAGAGCGCCCCAGCCACCGGAGGAGUAAAGAAACCUCACAGGUACAGGCCAGGAACAGUCGCUCUCCGUGAAAUCCGUAGGUACCAGAAGAGCACCGAGCUCCUCAUCAGGAAACUGCCAUUCCAGCGUCUCGUCCGUGAAAUCGCCCAGGAUUUCAAGACCGACCUGAGGUUCCAGAGCUCUGCUGUUAUGGCUCUUCAGGAGGCUAGCGAAGCUUACUUGGUCGGACUUUUCGAGGACACCAACCUUGCUUUAUCUGUAAACAUGUCUGGAAGAGGUAAAGGAGGAAAGGGACUCGGAAAGGGAGGUGCCAAGAGGCACAGGAAGGUGUUGCGUGAUAACAUCCAGGGUAUCACCAAGCCCGCAAUCCGUCGUCUGGCUCGACGAGGUGGUGUCAAACGUAUCUCUGGACUCAUCUACGAAGAGACCCGUGGUGUCCUUAAGGUUUUCCUUGAGAACGUCAUCAGGGACGCUGUCACAUACACCGAGCACGCCAAGAGGAAGACUGUCACAGCUAUGGAUGUUGUGUACGCUCUGAAGAGGCAAGGACGUACUCUGUACGGAUUUGGCGGUUAAACCCAGAACGAACCCUGUCAACAAACAACACAAACGGCCCUUUUUAGGGCCACCAAACUUCUCAAAAAGCUUCAAUAUCACUCGAAAAUACGCAAUCUUUGUUUGUUUCUUUAU